AUGAUGGGCUACCUCACUACAGACGGGGCUUUGCCAAUUCUCGCCGUGGCAGUGUCCCUCAUUAUCUUGACUACCUCACCACUGACCCGAAAAUUUGCGAGCGGGGUCCUGUCCGUCUUUCUAGACAAAUACCUUCGUUGGCGCUACCCAAUUCUGUCGGAAGAUGGCAGGCGGCCUCUCCCUACUUGUCCAUACCAGUGGCCAAAUGGACAGGGAGACGUCGCCAAAUUCCUCCAGGGCAUCGAGAACUGUGACUUAUGGGAAAAGGAACAUGGAGAGAUAUACCGGAUUUGGUCUGGGAUGAAGUCUGAAGUUGUAAUCACCCAACCACAUCACCUCCAGGCCGUCUUCAGGGACUCCAACAAGCACGCCAAAGCAGAGAACAAUAAUUCUGGCUAUCUCAUGAGCGAACUCCUAGGCCAAUGUGUUGGGCUUGUUAGUAGAGAACGCUGGCGAACCCUCCGCACCGUGACUGAGGUUCCUUUUCAGCAUGAUAGAACGGGCUCUUAUGUUGACCUAGUCUUGCGCCAUACGCAGCAGCAUUUUGAUCGACUGAAUUCCACCGGUGACUUGAAGUAUGGGCGCAUUCAUCCAGCCCAGGACUUGAAAAUGCUUCCAUUUUGGAUAGUCGCCGAAAUAUUCUACGGUGAAUGCGACGCUGAUAUGCGAUCCGAGCUCCAGGAACUGUGUCUCAUCCGUGAGGAGUUAUUCAAACGGACGAUUCAGGGUGGACUAGUCCGUUGGCAUUGGUCACGAUUUUUACCCACCCCGACGAACAGGGCACUCAGCGGGUUUAAGCGCCGUUGGAGAGCGUUCAAUCAGCGUGCAUAUGAACGAGCCUGUCAGCAAAGCAACCGCGGUCUCCCUAUCGUUGCUAUGACCGAGGCAGCCAAUUCCGGAAUCAUCUCCCUAGAGCAGCUCUACCAGACAAUUGAUGAGGCACUAUUCGCAAAUUUGGACGUGACGACUGGUGGGAUCUCCUGGAACCUCGUCUUCCUAGCUAGCCAUCCACAGAUCCAGGAGCGCGUGCGAUCCGAGAUGCUAGCUGCCGAGAACCGUGACGCAUAUCUCCUAUCUUCUUCAACCUUGCUCGCAGCGUGUGUGUCUGAAUCCUCUCGCCUCAAGCCACUGGCAGCCUUCACCGUUGCACAAUCUGCCCCAACUGACCGCACUGUUGGAGGUUACUGUAUUCCGGCCGGAACAAACGUUGUGGUUGACACUUAUGCCCUAAACAUUCGCAAUGAGUUCUGGGGCGAGGACCGCCAGCUCUACCGGCCAGAUCGUUUCUUGAAACAUCGUGCAACAGAACUGAGAUACCAGUACUGGCGUUUUGGAUUCGGGCCGCGACAGUGUAUGGGUAAGUAUGUGGCAGACUUGGUUAUCAGGACUCUGUUGGCCCAUUUGGCGAUGCAUUACGAGCUGGGCUGGUUGGAGCCUACAACCAAAGAUGAUAGCAAGUGGAAGAGAGAUCUCGAAUCGUGGAUCACUCUUCCCGAUAUGCAGCUCAAGUGCGUGAGGAGGGAGAAUGUGUCAAUUUAG